CUGAGGCAGAUUCACAAGCCUGUGCUCUUCAUUCUUGGGUUGUCCUCUCCAUAAGCUGAGUAAGGAAGCCUGGUCCAUGAAGUGCGAUCUCUGCGUGGAUCUAUCCUUGCUCGAAUGGCGAGGUCAGUGUAAGGAGGAGGGGGUCUGCGUCCCUCGUCUAUGCGCCGCGCAGUGCCGGGGUGUCUGCCUCGAGCCCUUUUGAACAGACAUCGGCCCCUGGAUCCACGCCUCUCUUCUCUGGCCUGUUGCGCAAAGAGCCUGGAUGACGAGGAGGAACCCAGUCAGCGCUUCGUUGGCAAUGAGGUCAGACGCGGGCGGUUUCAUCCUGUGAUCGCCCGGGCGGUCCGGACAUCGAGCUGGGAUGAUGCCAGGAAGAUCAGCUUCAGGGAGUGUGUCAGGCUGUAUGGGCUACCCCGGUCGAUCGGGCUGUUUGCAUUGCUUAUGCAGUCGUUCUUGCCACGGAGGAUCGGAGAGGUCCAGUGCCUGAUUCAGAGCGUCGUCGACCACUGUGGGAAUGCUGGGCCGGAGUUGUUUGAGUUGGCGCCUAUGUUGGCUAGCAAUUUGGGUGGGUCGAUGACGUUGCUACAAGUUUAUGGCACAGUCAUCCGGGUUUUUGUAGAGCUGUCGAUGUUUGAGGAUGCUCUCCUCACUUACGUCGAGGCCAAGAAGGUUGGAGUGGAGUUGCAAGUAUGCAACUUCUUGCUGAAGCGCUUGGUUGAGGGGAACCAGAUCAUGUAUGCAAGGAGUUUGUUUCAAGAUAUGAAGAGUUCUGGUCCUUCACCAAAUGUCUACUCUUAUUCAGUUUUGAUGAGUAUGUAUACACAUGGAGCCAAGUUAUGCUUGGAGGAAGCUUUGGAGCUUCUUUCUGAAAUGGAAACGGAAGGUGUCAGCCCAAAUGCUGCAACCUAUGCUACUUACCUCUAUGGGCUUUGCCGUGCCAAACAGGUGAAAUCUGCAUGGAGCUUCCUUCAAAUGCUGUGUCAGAGAGGCUACCCUUGCAACAGCUAUUGUUUUAAUGCAGUUAUUCAUGGUUUCUGCCAUGACGGUCAGGUUCACAAAGCUAUAGAAGCGUUUGAUGGGAUGAAGAAGUGUGGGUUUGUCCCAGAUGUUCACAGCUACAGCAUAUUAGUUGAUGGCUUAUGCAAGCAAGGGGAUCUGUUGACAGGCUAUUACAUGCUCGUUGAAAUGGCGAGGAAUGGGAUCACUCCUAAUUUGGUGAGUUAUAGUUCGCUUUUGCAUGGUCUUUGCAGAGCUGGAAGGGUUGAAUUGGCGUUUGAGCUUUUUAAGAGGCUGAAAGAUCAAGGAUUCAAGCAUGACCACAUAGUUUACAGCAUCGUUCUUCAUGGUUGUUGUCAACAUCUAGAUCUAGAGAUUUGCUACGACCUUUGGAAUGACAUGGUUCAUCAUAAUUUUGUUCCAGAUGCUUACAAUUACAGCAGCCUGAUAUAUGCAUACUGCAGGCAUAGGCAACUGAAAGAAGCAUUGGAGGUGUUUGAGCUCAUGAUCAGUGAUGGGAUAUGCCCCAACAUUGUGACCUGCACAAUUCUUGUUCACGGCUUCAGCAACGAAGGGCUGAUUGGUGAGGCCUUCCUGUUCCUGGAUAAAGUACGCCAGUUUGGGGUUGUCCCCAACCUCUGUACAUACAGAGUUAUCAUCAAUGGCCUGUGCAAGGUCAAUAAACCUAAUGACGUGUGGGGUAUUUUCGCAGACAUGAUAAAAAGGGGCUACGUUCCUGAUACUGUGCUUUACAGUAUUAUUAUCGAUGGUUUUGUGAAAGCUUUGGAUCUGCAGGAGGCUUUCAGGUUGUAUUAUAAAAUGGUCGAUGAGGGGACAAAGCCUAAUAUCUUUACAUAUACUAGCCUCAUAAAUGGUUUGUGCCAUGAUGACAAACUUCCUGAAGCUAUGACGUUGCUUAAGCAUAUGAUUGGGGAGGGGCUGACACCAGACAGAAUUCUGUAUACGUCUCUGAUUGCGUGCUAUUGUAAGCGCUCAAACAUGAAGGCCGCUCUGGAGAUCUUUAGAGAGAUGGAAACAGAGGGUUUGUCAGCAGAUUCUUUCGUGUACACUUGUUUAAUUGGUGGCUUCAGUAAAGUGCUUGCGAUGGAUGGCGCACGGUUGUUUAUGGAAGAGAUGAUAAACAAGGGGCUUACACCUACUGUAGUAACUUACACAGAUCUCAUAAUUGGAUACUUCAAAAUUGGAGAUGAGAAAAAAGCUAUGGCGAUGUACAACAGUAUGCUGCAGGCAGGCAUUACACCAGAUGCCAAGCUGAGCUGUAUAUUGGGCCUUGGUAAUGAUGAGGAUGAUUUGGGUGAUUCUCAGGAAGAAAAGGAUGUACCAUAGUCAUAGGUUAUCAUGGAGCUACGGUAACUUGGUCAACAGAAUUAUUCCAUAAGGUGAUGAGCUCAUGGUAUUGUUGCAUCAAGCAUUAGUUCCAUCUGUUCCCUUUGUUUCUGCCACUGCCAUCAUCUGAACAAGGGAGGGAAAGAAACUGGUCAAAGUUUUCACUUUGAUGAUGUCAUCCUAUUCAAUACCUGGAUGGUGUGAUAGAUAAUUACAGGCAACAAGUUUAUGAUUGAUUUUGACAAUGUUCUGUUCAAGGCUAGGUGUUCUGCUGGAAAAACCAAAGCUAUUUUUUGUACUGUUGGAAGAUACUCCUCAAGUUAGAUGAAGAGGCUGCAAACAAAGCUUCUGUCGUGUGAAGCAAGCUUUUUGGCUCAGCAGACUUUCAGUUAUUGUGCAGGUUUCAGAAUGUGAAGAUGCCGAGACAGAUAACUGUUGAUCAAGCCUCAGAUACCACCCUUCUGUUGAAAUGCUUCAGCCUGUGGAUGGAUUGAUUAAUGCAAGUAACCAGGAGAGAAGGGGCGUUAGCUGAGGCUAUCCAUGCCGGGUCGUUCGCGAGCAGAAGAGGGAGGGAGGAGCAUCAAGGAAGCUUCGUCCUGCUCCCAUACCAAGGAAGCCAUGCCCAGACCAACAUAUACAAACAUUUAUUCUCCCCACCCAUGCAACCUGCUCGUCUCUCACUCAGCAAGGACCGUGGUUGGCACUUGUCACGCUCAUGGCUGACCAACUACAAUCUGCUCGUCUUCAGCCUUGAUGGCGUCAUUCUAGCAGAUCUGCAGAUGCCUUCCCACCGUUGCCUAGCACCCUCAAGGACCAGGAAAGCAGCCGGGUGGAGACAGGGGCGUCCUCCCUUUUAACCGCAGCUUCCACCUCCUGCACUUUGGGUGCUGCUGUCGACGCUGCUCCUUCUCUUCCCCUCGGGAGGUAUGGACAAAUGGUGAUAAAUUGUUUGCUUAAUGAAUUGGUGCUCAACUAGACAAGCCCGAGGUCUAACCAGCUAUAAUCUCAGUGGCCAUUUCUUCGAAUAAGCAAGUCAUCUGAAUCUCUUUAUUGUUUCUUUAUCGAUAUACUCCCAUUUUCGUAAUCUUGAUUUUGAUAACUAUGGUAGAGACUAUGGGUAGAUCUAGAGUUCUUCAAAUGUCCAGUGUCUUUCCCGGGCGGGCAUCGCUCUUUCAUUAAAUCGGCAUUUUGUACAAAAAUAACACAUGGCCUGUUAACUGCUCAUGCAACUUUUUGCUUGCGGUUUCGGUAGCAACGUUUGCUUGCCUAUUUCACUUUGCUUUA